AUGAAACAUGAGCAUGAUAGCUCCAAAAAUGCCGCUUCUCCUGCACAGUCGAAUGACCUUCUCAAUUAUAUUCUCCGUUUUCUUUCGACGUCUAGCAACGAAGCGUUGCUUUGCGUUUUUGCAUGUUUAAUGGUUGCGACGUAUAUCCUAUUGGGAAGGCUCGGGCUUAUAUUAAUUGGAACUGUCCUCGGCGUCAUCUUACAUGCUUCAUGGGAAGGCUGGGGCAAUGAACAUUCUGCCCAAGAAACAGGUAUACCAACUGCCCGUAGAAGGGAGCUUACGUUGCACUUGGCCAACAGACUGCUCGACUGGCCGAAGCACAGAUCAUCCGAAGUCGCAAGGGAACCGACUAUGAACUCGGACUAUUCAACUUUUCGCCCAAAGACAGCUGCAGCUUUGGUGUCGUUGACGGACUCGAUAGUAAAGGAUUACGUGAACUACUGGUACGAACCGAUUCUACCGUCCGAGUCGAGCUUUCCUCUCUCGUGCCGGAGGAUGUUGGCCGAUUUUAUUACUUCUAUAUCAUCCCACCUCGCGCGUAAGCGAACAGCAGACACGUUUUUAGCAUUCCUCACGAACUCGUCCUCCAUGAUUAUUGUCUUCUUAAACGAAUUGUCCACGGCUUUUGAAACGACAAGUUCGACUGCAGCACCUGAACAGACGGUCAGCCGAUAUCUAGAAUUGUUCCCUGAAAGUAGCCUAGCCAAUGUUUUGGCAGAUCAGCAGCAGCGCAAGAAACUCAAUAUGAUUGCGGAUGAUAUCCUGUCUAGUUUUCUCGACCAAAAAGCAUAUAGCUGCUAUAUACUCAGGGAUUUCCUCCGCGAGGUAUUAGCCGGUGUUAUCUUUCAAUCCAUGAUGUCCAAUUUCUCGCGCCCAGAAUUCAUCAACGGAUGGAUAAUCCAUCUCUUGAGCGAGGGUGAAUCCGAAAUAAUGAACGCAAUCGACGCCGGCGUUGAAGGGGCCCGGAGCCAGGGCGUGACUGCACCAAAGGGUUCUGAUUUGAAGAACACUUCAGACAUGAACACAGCGGGCAGCGUCGAAAACGACCCUCAGGUGCUGCCACAAACAACUGGGGGGCAGAGCAACCACUCAGAUAAGGCAACGGAAGAAGCAAUUAAAGAAGCAAAGCGUCUAAGUGCCAUGAUUGCAGCGCAGGAUUCACAGAGGCAAGAUCUGCAGCAAACAAUCAACGAGGACCGGCGAGAUUCGGUUCCAGAUGGCACCGAUGAUAGUUCUUCUGCUGAGGCGCUUGAUCAAGUUGAUGAUUCGGUCAGCAGAAAUGACAAGCAUAUACUUGAUACGAGUGAGUCUCUGUUCCAAAGGAAACAGCGGCGGUUUUCAUCUUCCCCAUCUAUUCCCAGCUCGUCAAGGUCUACAUCAGAAAUCAUUCAAGAGCCUACCUUGAUUCUUCAUGGAGCUUUCGUAUCUGUGAAUGUCGAAUCGGAGCCCGGAGAAAAGACAUUAAUCCGGUCGAAGCCUACGUCAAACUAUUUGAUCCAGGUUGAACCGACAUCUACACGAUUCUCCGGUUGGAUGACAUUCAAAAAAUACGCUGAUUUUGAAUCUCUACAUGAGACUCUUGAAGCCAUUUCGAGGUUGAACAAACUUUGGAGUUUCACAGAGACGCAUACUACUUUACCAACAUGGAAAGGGAAUACGAGACAAGCAUUGGCACAAGAAUUGGCGCGAUAUUUGAAAGAUGCUCUUCAACACGAGUCCCUCGCAGAAAGCGAAAAGAUGAAGCGUUUUUUUGAUAAGGAUAAUCGUCUCGGAACCGAUCCUGCAGGGUCAUCUACGAGAACAGGUUUUUCUUUCCCUAGCCAAGCCACAUUUGAAAACGUGGGAAAGGGUGUUUUAGGCGCAUUAGCUAACGCGCCCAAGGGCGUUGCUGGGGGGAGCAAAGCUGUCUUAGGCGGUGUGACUGGGGUAUUUGGCAACGUUGGAGGUAACGGCAAACGAACAUCUCGUUCAUUUGCUGACCAGGCGAGAAAUUUUGAAUCAAAUGAGCCCUUCCCUGCUGAAACAGAACAAGCACGAAACUCGGGGGCUCGGAAGAUCUCGCUUGAUUUGACCUCGGGUUCCAAACAUCACACAUCACCAGUUCAAUUUACCGGAAAAAAGUAUCCUUCAACGCGCAGUUCUUGUUCUAGCUUUUCAUCCUCGAACGAUGCUUCUCUCUCUCAAAACGCUCGCUCUGGCAGGUCAACUGAAGCUGUGGGUAGUGCAGUUAGCUUGGCAGCUGAUGGGCUAGACGCAGGAGUCAAUCCGCUUUCGAGUAACUUCUGCCCGUCGAAUGAGUCUCCUUCCCAUGGACUCGAGCAAAAAGUCUCAGCGAUAGGUUCCCAAUACCGGCAGGCUGAAGUGAUGGACUCUCAUCAGCAAGCAACCCCUGAUAUAAGAGCUGCAGGAGCGUUGGUAGAUAAGGCGAUUACGAAUGAGGAAACCCAAAUAGCAGUGGAGCUAAUAUUUGCUGUUAUAAAUGAGCUAUAUACUUUAUCGUCCGCCUGGAAUAUUCGUCGGACGCUUCUGAAUGCUGCAAAAUCUUACAUUCUCCGUCCCGGAAGCCCAACUUUGGAAACGAUCCGAAUCCUUCUUCAGGAUUCAAUGAUCAAUGCGAACACGUCAGAUGAAACAAUAGGGACAUAUCUUACCAAACUUCGUGAGAAUGCCCUUCCGACAGAAAUCGAGAUGAGGAGUUGGCCACCACCACCUUCUGAAGACGAAAAGGAACGUUUACGAGAAAAUGCACGGAAGCUUCUCGUUCAGAAAGGGCUGCCACAGGCAUUGACAAGCGUUAUGGGAGCGGUUGCUAGCCGAGAAGCACUUGAAAAGAUAUUUGAUUGCCUCCAAGUCGAGACCAUUGCCCGUGGGUUUGUCUUCACGAUUCUUCUGCAGGUCUUGAGGGCUGUCAUUAUUUAA